CCAAGCGAAGAUGUCUUCAUCAAUGUUGUCGAUAGUGCUGUUAAUGGGAUCUAUAAUGGGUUUUGUGACUUUACAAAUUGACCACAAAGCCUACUGUGAUCUGCCCUAUUGCGGGAUUAACAAUAUAGUCUGCCAAAAAGCCAAUUAUAGUUUCAUUUGCCGUCGCAGUACAAGACUGGUAGAUCUGAGCAGUACACAAAAGGAUACUUUGCUGCAUAGGGUGAAUGACUUUAGGAAUAGAGCGGCCAAGGGUCUGACCCGAACCCUUUACCCCGCCGGUAGAAUGGUCAGGAUUUCUUGGUCCGAUGAACUAGAGUACUUUGCCAAAAUGGACGUGAUGAGCUGCAUGCCAACUCCACGUCCCUGCAUGACUUCCCCGAAUUUUCCCAACAUUGGCAGCAUCUUCGAUACCGAUGGCUAUAUGGGUCCCAAACAAAAGAGCUUAGGCCGUAUAAUGAACAUGGUAUCGAAGUGGACAAAGGAGGGACGGUUUGUGACCCGCCAACAAACUAUCUUCUUAAAAGAUCGCAGUGAUCAAAGAUCCGUAUUUCGACCUGCACUUUUGAUGGCCGAUCGUAACACCCAUAUGGGCUGUGCAGCAGUAAAGUUUUCUUACCAACGCUUCAAUUAUUUGUAUUUAAGUUGCACCUUCGCCACCGUAAACAUCCUUGAAGCUCCCAUCUACAGAGUCGCCAAAAACCCAGGUGUAUUCUGCAAGGAACGCGACGAGGAUUACAAAAAUCUGUGUUCCACUAGCGAAGAAUAUCCCGAGAACAAAAAAUACGUUGAGUUAACCCGGUAUAUGACGUAGCUUUAAGGAAAUUAACUUUGUUUUCAAUUAAAUUAAUAUUUUUUUUAUUAGUAAGACGCCAUUAUAAUGGCAU